CCUCUCCCCCGCUCAACGGGGGUUGACUUUAUCCAAAUUCAGAUCCGCACUAUCAUCUCAAGAGGAUUAUCUCUCCGAGAAAAACAAACACUGAAACAAGAGCAAUAGAGACUUGAGGCCCCUCCCAAAAUGGGUCCUCGACGCCGCCACCAACUGGUCACCGAUUCCGAAUCGGACUUCUCCGAGUCGGAUAUUUCGAUGAUCGAGUACCCCGGCCGCAAGGUGAGCCAUCGACACCGCUCCGUGUCGCGGCACCGCCACUUCAGCCCGGAGUACAGCAGCAGCAACACCUACCUCAGCCCGGUGCUGCACUCGGACGCCCAGCUGCAGCACCUGCACCGGUCGGCAUCGACCGGCGCCCGGCGACGCCCCGACCGGCACCAACGCGACUACAGCCAGCAGCCGGUCGCCGUGAUCGUGGACGUCAACAACCACAACGACACCAAGUCCGACAAUAAGACCGAUACUAAGACCGACGCCAAGACGGAUUCGCGCAACAAGAGCGCCACCAAGCAGCGUAAGGCCGAGCAUCGGCUGCAGAACAAUUACGUCGACUACGACUCCGAGGACGAGACCAACCUUCGCAGUCACCGCCGCCGUCCACGGUCCAGCACCGCCAGCAUCUCCCGCGAGGCCUCUCCCCGCGCCCCCGCGGUGGCAGCGCCCCCACCCCCGCCGCAGAUGAUGCCCGCCGGCCGCGACCGCGACUUCGAGCUGGUAAUCGACCAGCGGCUGCUGGAGCGGAACGAUGCCCGGCAGGACUUCGAGCUAUUCCGGCAGCAGCAGGAGAUCGAGCGGCUGGAGCGCGAGCUGGCCCGCCACCGCGAGGUCCGCGAGCACCAGCAGGAAUACCGGCCGCACCAUGAGGUGCGCAUGCUCAAGGAGGAGGAGGACUGGUACGAGGACGAAAUCAGCGAGCGGCUGCGGCGGCUGGAGCGCUUCGAGAAGAAGCAGCGUAUGGAGGAGGAGCAGCGCCAGGUGGAGCAUCGUUACAAGCUGAUUAAGUUCGAGGAGGCCCAGCGCCAGGCCGCCGAGCAGGAGGAGCUGAACCGCAAGAUGCGCCAGAAGCGGCUCGAGGACCUCCAGCGCAAGAUCGACGAGGAGGAGGAGCGCGAGCGCAUCAAGAAGGAGAUUCGCGAUGAGGAGGCCAGGCGCAUCCUCGCCGAGCAGGAGCGUGCCCGCAAGGAGGCCGCCAUGAAGCAGGCUGCCAUCGAUGAGUGGAAGCUGAACGAGGAACGGCGCAUGAUCGCUGAGCGCGAGGAGAAGAGGCGUCGUGAUCACGAGUUCAAGGAGAGAUUGAGACUCGAAUUCGGCUACAACGAGCACGAGAUCGAGGAAAUCCUCCGCAAGAAGGAGAAGAAAGAGAAGAAAGAAGAGAAGGAGAUCGAAAAGGAGCAUAAACAGGAGAAGAAGGAGGAAAAGAAAGAAGAAAAGAAAGAGGAAAAGAAGGAGAAGGAAAAGGAGAAGGAGAAGCUUCCUGAGCUUGAACCCCCACACCAGCGAACCACCUGGAUCAAGGUCCACCAUAAGCACCUCCUCCCUGACACACUGAUUGCCUAUCGCUUGCCCUGGGAUUGGGACGAUCUCGACAGCAACUACAUCAUCAUCAAGCAGUGGAUCUCCGAAGACUUCCAGGAAGAGCUCUUCGCCCACACGCGGCGCCUGCGCGAAGGCAAGCUCGUCACUCAAACCUCCAGCACGCUGACGGAGCUCAAGGUCAACGACAGGAAAAAGGACAAGAUGUACCUUGUGCGCAAGAAGAACCCCGGUGGCCGCGCCUGGAUUCUUACCUGAGAGCCAAGUCCACCACUGAUAGAAACACCGCCCGCCCAUUCUGAACUUAUGAUACCAUGAUCUUGCUUAACGUGUCACGAAAUUCGGUAUCACCAGCCCUUUUUGAUGAUUUUGUCUAUUUGUUUCUGUUUUUUUUUUCUCUGGUACAAUUCGUUGAAAUGCAGUCAGUAAGUAUGCUUAUAUCGAUCGAUUGAUCUUUUCAUUUUCCUCAUGAGUUGGGAU